AUAAGAAAAAGGUAUCAGUUUUUAAAACACGAACCUAACCCCACAACGAAGAACGAAUCACGUCGUCGUCUGGUAGCACAAGAAUGAGAAUCACAAACCCAAAGUCGAAACCACAAAAUUCCCUUCCCACCACCACCACCACCACCACCACAACCAACAAUCAACAAUGGCGGCAUCAUCUCUAAGUUCUUGGUCCCACGCACUCGUCAGAAUCUCCCCCUACACCUUCUCCGCCGUCGGCAUUGCCAUUUCCAUCGGCGUUUCUGUCCUCGGAGCCGCCUGGGGAAUCUACAUAACCGGAAGUAGUCUGAUCGGUGCUGCAAUUAAAGCUCCACGUAUUACCUCGAAAAAUUUAAUUAGUGUAAUUUUCUGUGAAGCUGUGGCUAUAUAUGGUGUCAUUGUGGCCAUCAUUUUACAAACAAAACUGGAGAGUGUUUCUGCAUCUCAAAUUUUUACUCCCGAGUCUCUAACAGCAGGAUAUUCAAUUUUUGCCUCUGGGAUUAUUGUCGGCUUUGCCAACUUGUUUUGCGGGUUAUGUGUAGGGAUUAUUGGAAGCAGCUGUGCAUUAUCUGAUGCCCAAAACUCAUCUCUUUUUGUAAAGAUUCUUGUGAUCGAGAUCUUUGGAAGCGCACUCGGAUUAUUUGGUGUAAUUGUAGGAAUAAUCAUGUCUGCUCAAGCUACAUGGCCUGCAAAGCCAAUUUAAUUUUGCUAAUUGCUUCUGAACUUGAGGAUUUUUGGUUCACUUUCUAGAGAGUUAUGAAAAGUUAUUGCCUUUGUUUUUUCCAAUAGACUGUAUAUGUAAAAGCUUGGUUGUGAUAAACCAUGUAAGAACUUGAAAAGUGUUUGGUGUCCUUUUUUUGGUCUUGGACUCCCUAGGAUGCCUAAUGGUAUGGCCUUGGCAUGCAUGUAUAUGUAAAAGCAGUGGAAAAUGAAAUUUGAACUGCUAGAAUAAUAUCAAUAUACUCGGUGAAGGCUCCACUAACUGUGAAGCCCUAUUUCCUUUA